CCUGACCUUUCCUCCGUGGCCAUGGAAAAAGAAAAACCGUUUAAAUUGUUCGUGCCGCCGCGCCUGAGCGGUGGUCAGGUGUCUGCAGUUAAACCCCAGACAAGCACUCGGGCAACGGGGCUGUGUCAGGGUUUUAACAGAUGUCCAGAUGAUGAUUUUAAUUUGCCAUUUGUAAUGGCAUCGAACCAUGGUGAAAUCACUGAUUCGGAUGCAAUUUCACAGCAAGUAAAACUUUGCUCUGAGGUAGAUGAAGAGACUAUAGAAACAAUGAAUGAGUUGUAUGCAAAGCUCUACAAAGAGGCUGAGAAGAUCAAGCUGUGGAAGCUAACUGUAGAGUCAGAAUUAAAGCAGAAAGAAAGAAAACUGCAAGAAAAUGGAAAGAUUAUUGAAGCACAGCGUAAAGCCAUUCAAGAGCUGCAGUUUGAAAAUGAAAAACUAAGUUUAAAACUGGAGGAUGAAAUCUGUGAAAAUAAAGAUCUCCUAAAGGAAAACAGUGCUUCAAGGCAUCUGUGUAAUCUGCUCAAGGAGACCUGUAGUCACUUCACAGAGAAGUCUACCAAAUAUGAGCAUGAAAGAGAAGAAACAAGACAACUAUAUGUUGAACUUAAUAACAGUGUUGAAAGAAUGAUAAUGGCAUUUGAAGAACUUCGUGUGCAAGCAGAGAACACCAGACUGGAAAUGUGUUUCAGAUUAAAAGAAGAAGCAGAAAAAGUGGACAAGUUUGAAAAAGAAUGCAAACUGGAAGUCAGCAUGAAGGAGAAGCAGAUUUCAGUUCUUACCAUACAGAAUGAUGAAAAAGAUAAUUUAAUACAAGACAUCAAGACUCAGCUGCAUGAAUCCAGAAAUAAGAUAGCUGACUUAGAAGAAGCAAGAAGACAUGAAGGAGAAAUGUUGAAAGAAUCCAAGAUCAAUCAAGAAUACUUGAGGUCAGAACUGGAAGAUGCCAAACUUUCAUUGCAAAAAAAAGAGGUCACUCAAAAGGUCUUAGAAACUGAAUUGCAGAACUCGGUGAAAGCAUUAACUCAGGUCACUGAAGAAAAAGAAGCACAUGUGGAGGAAUGUGAAAAAAUUAAGUUGUUGCAUGCAUCUGUCAGAGAGGAGCUUGAGGCUUCUAUUUCCAAUUUGAAAAGCUUGCUACAAAAAGAGCAAACUAGAUUGGAGAAAUAUGAAGAUGAGUCAAAGCUACUUGCCUUGGAGCUCAGAAAUAAGUCAGCUGAACUGGAAGAGAUGAAUAAACUAAAAUGUGACAAAGAAAUGCAACUUGAAGAGAUGUCAGAAACACUGGGGAAAGUUGAAGGACUUUUAACAAAGAAGAAAGAUCUUGAGGCUACUGUGGAAAGUUUGCAGGAGAGAGAAGAAGAAAUGAAAAAUGUUCUCCAAAUGAGAGAGAAAGAAAUAAACGAUUUGAAAGUGCAGCUGAGUAGUGCAGUUGAAAAGGAACAAAGUUAUAUAAAAGAGCUCACAACACUGAAUAGAGAUCUUGAACGAGAGGCGCAAAAGAAUGGACAACUAACAGUGUAUAUUGAUAAGCUUUUAUUAGAAAAAGAACAAAUAGUACAAGAAAAGAGUGGUAUGGCUACACAACUCAAGAAACUGCAAGCAAUUAAUGAGGAUAGUAGAAAAAAAGAAGAAAAUACAAAGCAGUUAGUUGAAAGACUGGAAGAAGCAAAUGACCAUCUAAGGCAAGAACUGGAGUCUUUGAAGGAGAAGAUGGCAAAGAAAGGUGAAGAGAUCAAAAGUAAACUGGAUGAAACAGAAGAAAAUGCUAAGAGUGUUGAAAAUGAAAUGUCAAGAAAGGAAAAGCAGUUGAAGAAUCUAGAAAAUAAGUUCAAUAAUUUAAAGAAACAGAUGGAAAAUAAAAUCAAAUGCAUUGAAGAGUUGCAACAGGAGAAUAAGGUGCUGAAAAAGAAAAUUACUGCAGAAAGCAAGAAAGCAAGUAUUUAUGAGGGGAAGGUGAAUAAAUUACAGUUAGAGAUGGAAAAUAUGAACAAGCAACAUAAGGAAGUGGUUGACAGCUAUCAAAAAGAGAUUGAAACAAAAGAAGUAAAUGAAAAUAAACUUCUUGAAGAGGUAGAAAAGAUGAGGUUGCUUGCAGAUGAAGCAACAGUAAUACAGAGAGAAACUGAUAUCCGAUGUCAGCACAAGAUAACUGAAAUGGUGGCACUUAUGGAAAAACACAAACAUGAAUAUGACAAAAUGGUUGAAGAAAAAGACACGGAGUUAAAACUUUAUAAAAUAAAAGAGCAAGAGCAGAUAUUAUCAAAAAGAUCAAUGGAAAGCGAGCUUUUGUGUUUGAAAAGUGAACUGUCAUCCCUUAAGGAACAACUUAAAGCAGAAAUUGAAGAGAAGGAGAACCUUGCAAAAAAAUACGCCUCAAAUAUGGUUCCUGAAAAUGAAAAGAAGCACAAGAAAAUACAAACACAUUUUUCUGAGACUCCUAAACUUGAUACACAUCUGGACUGUGCAUCUAUCAAUGUAAAAAGUAGAAAGUCUCACACUGAUACUCCUACAGGAGUCAACAUAGUGGAAAAGAAAAAAAUUACUCCUUCAGUAUCUGCAAAAAGCCCAUUGGGUAGUCCACCAUUAAAGACAUACAUUAUAAAGACUCCUCCAGUACAUAAGCUGCAAAGUGAAAGCACAAAUCUCCAUGCAGAACAAUGCAUGAGGAAAAAGCAGAAAGUUUUUCUACGGCUGGAUGCUCAGUCUGAUAGUUCUGAACACAGUGACCUCCUGAGCAUAGUCUCAGAGGAAGAAAUGUUUAAAACCUUGUACAAAGAUUAUCCCCAAGCUUCGCAUUUAUGUGGGAUGACACCAAAAAAGAAACCAGCUACAUUAAACCUGAAAACUCCAGGUUCUGUACUGAAACUUACAACCAUGAGAAAAAUGCGAGAGGCUGGAUGGACUGCAGUUUCUAAAAUGGACAGGAAAAGAAAAAUGAAAGAAGCAGAAAAGCUCUUUAAUUAAAAUGAAAAAAUAACUAGUGUGCUAGCAUUAACUGAUUAGUAUAACCAAUAGCAGCAUUAUUAUUCUUUCAGAGUUAGUACAUUGUUGGAUUUUCCUAUAAUAUUUAGUGUGUUUAAUAUG